CAAAUUUGAUAUUUGCACGGUAAUGUCUACAAAUUUAUAUACACAUGUAUUGAUUGACACUCAUUUUCUCUCCAAUUUUCCCAGCAACCAAACAAAACAUUACCCAAGAAGAGGCUCUCCAAGUGCCACUCACACUUUUAAAAGUUUUACCAAUUUCACUUCUGAAAUCCAAUCACUCCCUUUUACCCAAAAUCCAAUGACUCCCUUCAAAUAACCCAAAUACUCAAACCCAAUGUCCCUGCUCCUACCCAGAACACUCCUCCUCCUGUACCCAAAAUUGAAAAUCCCCAAAAUACCCAUGGCCAGCAAUCUCUCCACCCUCAGCUCCGCAGCCCCGCCCAGGGCUCGCCUCCGAGGCGUGGUGUUUGACAUGGACGGAACCCUAACGGUUCCCGUCAUCGAUUUUGCGGCAAUGUACAGAGCUGUGCUCGGCGAGGACGAGUACGUCAGAAUCAAGGCCGAGAGCCCUUCUGGGAUUGAUAUAUUGCACCACAUUGAGACUUGGAGCCCCGAGAAGCAGCGAAAGGCGUAUGAUAUUAUUGCCGAUUACGAGAGCCAGGGGCUCGAUCGCCUCCAGAUCAUGCCUGGUGCAGCAGAACUUUGUGGUUUUCUAGAUUCUAAGAAUAUAAGGCGGGGGUUAAUCACACGCAAUGUCAAGGCUGCAGUAGAAAUAUUUCAUGAACGGUUCAGGUUGACAUUUUCUCCAGCUCUGAGCAGGGAAUUUCGACCUUACAAACCGGAUCCAGCUCCACUACUGCAUAUAUGUUCAGCUUGGGAAGUUAAACCUAGUGAAAUAAUGAUGGUUGGAGAUUCCCUUAAAGAUGAUGUGAGUGCUUGUGUUUCUUUUACUUCUUUUCAAAGUAUGUUUUCUGUGAUGCUCUUGCUAUAUCUUUAAGAAUGUGAUCCAGGAUAAAUGGGCCUUGUUUUCUUCAAUUGUAGUUUCUGUGACAGAGCUGAAGUUAUUGCAUCAUGUUAAAUGGUGCUGAACUUUGCAAAAA